UUAUAUAAAGGUGGGUAUGGAGCUUUUGGGUCUCUAGGACAAGUAGUGUUGGUGAGCCACUAGCUAGCUGAUCAUCGAGAGCAUAAUUAGUUUAUUUGGUGGUGUUUUAUUAGUUAUUAGCAAGAUACUGUGGAAUAAUGGGAAGGCAGCCUUGCUGUGACAAACUUGGGGUUAAGAAAGGGCCAUGGACAGCCGAGGAGGAUAAGAAGCUCAUCAACUUCAUUCUCACAAAUGGCCAGUGUUGCUGGAGAGCCGUCCCCAAGCUCGCUGGGCUUCGCCGCUGUGGCAAGAGUUGCAGACUCCGUUGGACCAACUAUCUCCGUCCCGACUUGAAGAGAGGCCUCCUUACAGAAUCUGAAGAACAGUUGGUCAUUGAUCUCCAUGCUCGUCUCGGAAAUAGGUGGUCCAAGAUUGCAGCCAGAUUGCCAGGGAGGACUGAUAAUGAAAUCAAGAAUCACUGGAACACCCACAUAAAGAAAAAGCUGCUUAGAAUGGGAAUUGAUCCCGUCACGCAUGAACCCCUCCACAAAGAUCAAGAUGACUUGAUCAACAAGGAAACUAUUAUUUCAUCCCAUACUAAUCAAGCUAACAAUAACUUGCCUCAAUCUACAACUGAAAACUCAUCUUCAAACUCAUCACCAGCUGAGAAUUCAUCAUCAAGCUCAUCACCAAAUGAAAAUUCUUCUGGAGACGACCAAUCGACUUUAAUUGAUAGCAUUUGCAACGUUGACGAGUCGUUGAUGAACAGUCUUUGGGUGGAUGAAACUCCGCUAAUCGAUGCAUUGUGGAACAGUGAUCAAGUACCAGAUGGAGGAGAUUACAUCGAAAAUGGCAUGGGAGUGCAAUCUAAUUGGGAGGAGAAUUGCUCAUGGCUUUUGGACUGCCAAGACUUUGGCGUUCAUGAUUUCGGUAUGGAUUGCUUCAUCGAAACCGAAUUAAAUGCCCUCGACACAUUAGGGAUGGAGAAAAUUUAAGGCAGCUGUUAUUUGCACUCCCAGUUUACGCUAUGCAGUUUUUACGCGCUCGAUCACUAGGGAGUGCAGAAGCUAACAGAAGUACUGCAUAUAGUGAAGAAAGAUUAGUAGUAACCCAGAAAAGAAAAAAUUGAGGAAGUGUCAAAGCUUCAAAUGUGUACAUGUUACAAAGUACCAUGUCUGCUGCCUCACUUUUGUUAAGUUCAUUUCAUGGUGUUGAACUUUAUGUAAAUUACUUUGCAUGUAGAAUAGUCUUGGAAGGUUGAGGUU